AUGUCAACAACACCUACUGCACCUCCUUCAAAUAUGGAUCAGAAAAAAGAAUAUUUAUUCAAAGUACUUGUUAUUGGUGAAUUAGCCACUGGAAAAACAGCACUCGUCAAACGUUAUGUCCAUAACUUUUUCUCCGAACAUUAUCGAGCAACUAUUGGUGUUGAUUUUGCAUUAAAAAUUGUUAAAUACGAUGAUGAUACUGUUAUUCGUCUUCAACUGUGGGAUAUCGCAGGUCAAGAACGAUUUGGUAAUAUGACUCGUGUUUAUUAUAAAGAAGCAGUGGGUUGUUUUAUUGUUUUUGAUGUUACACGAGGAUCAACUUUUGAAGCUGUUACUAAAUGGAAAACAGAUUUAGAUAAUAAAGUUCAAUUGCCUGAUGGAAACCCUGUACCAUGUGUAUUACUUGCUAAUAAAUGUGAUUUAGCUAGAGAAGGUUUAGUUAAUAGUGCUCAACAAAUGGAUGAAUUUUGUCGAGCAAAAGGUUUUGCUAAUUGGUUUGAAACAUCAGCUAAAGAAAAUAUAAAUAUUGAAGCAGCAGCUCGAUUUCUUAUUAGUGAAGUUAUGAAACAUACUGAACAAUUACAACCACGUUCACCAGGCAGUUAUGCACGUAGUAAUACACUUAAUGUACAAGAUAAACCAGAUAACAAAUCGAAAAAUGAUCGAAAAUGUUGUGGUGGUAGUGAUGAUUCUGCUGAUAGCAAAAGUUAA